CAGCCUCUCUAUCAUUUACCUUCAGGAAACAGCUUCCUGGUUGCAAACUGCUUGAGAGUGCUGGCAGCCAGUUACUUUCAAAAGCAGCCAGGAGAAACUUUCUUGCUAACUUUGGGAAGGAAUUAAAUAAUGCUGAAAGGUGCGGAUGAUGUCAUGGAGCAGGAGGACUCAGCUUCCCAACAAGAAGAAAUAACAAGUUGGGAUAUCAAUGACAUCAAACUUCCCCAGGAUGUAAGACAAACAGACUGGUUCCAAGAAUGGCCAGAUUCCUACGUAAAGCAUAUCUAUAGCUCAGAGGAUAAAAAUGCUCAAAGGCACCACAGCAGCUGGGCAAUGAGAAACACCAACAACCACAACUCCCGCAUCCUAAAGAAGUCCUGCCUUGGGGUGGUGGUCUGCAGCAACGACUGCUCGACCUUGGAUGGGAGGAAGAUCUACCUCAGACCAGCCAUAUGUGAUAAGGCUAGGCAAAAGCAACAGCGGAAAUGCUGUCCAAACUGCAAUGGACCACUGCGGCUCCUUUCCUGCCGAGGCCACGGUGGUUACCCAGUGACCAACUUCUGGAGGCAUGAAGGCCAAUUCAUAUUUUUUCAGUCCAAAGGAGCUCAUGACCACCCACGUCCAGAAACAAAGCUAGAAGCAGAAGCAAGAAGAUCAAUUCAAAAAGCACAGACAGAUUUUUCUCCAUCAUCCCCAAAAUUAAAAACAAUCUGGGAGAUUAAGUCUCUGACAGGUGAAAUGCCAACACAGGAGGCUUUGCCUUUGCUUCUUUCCAAGCCAGACGCUUACCUGCAACCUGCUAGUUUCAGUGGACACUUAAGCAAAAGCUCCCGGGAGCUGAUGCUGAGCAUCUGCUCUGGGCAGGAACCACACCUAAGAGCAGAUGAGGAGGACGGGAACGCCAGAGACGUGCCAACCUGGAGCAGAAGCCUGGCCAUUGGGAGGACCCCAAGCUCCGGAAGACUUUGUAACGGCCCCACCAUCCCUGUGGCAAACCGUCCCUGUGCAGCCCCUUCACCUCGGCGCUUUGCGCAGCCCAGCACCCAGCACGUCCUGCCUGUGACAAAGGCUGGCCAUAACCCCUUCAGAUCUAACGCUGGCCCUUGGAGGGAUGAACGCCAUGGUGGGACAACCCCAGAAGCCCACAGCAGCAGCCGCCUCCCUCUACUGCCUUACCCAAUGCCUCAGGGAGGUUCCUGCCCCAUGGUGACUGGGACACACCAUCACCAGCAGCAGCUCUCAGAGCCUCCAAGGGGGGGUGAAGGAGAUGGGGGUGAGGGAGGGCAUGGUAUGGGUCUCAACUACUGCAAUGACAACACAUUUUUUAACCUGUACCCAUUACGGUGACCAGGUUUAUAUGCCUUCUCUUCCCCCACCUGUGGCAACAGUUCUAAUUCUCCAUCCCUAUUGCAAUGUGUUUGUGGAAGUGCUACCACGCCACGCCCUCUUUAGCUCCUCCUUCCUAAGGAAGGACUUUCAUGCUGGAGGUCAUAUCUGUUCUUUCUUUUUUAACUGUUAUCUUCUCUGCCACUAUUUUAUUGAUCUAAUAAAAGGUAUCAGCUCUUCUUACAGCCUACCUCACUGUCAUUCUGGUUUGGUGGCAUUUCAAACACCCUUAACACUCAGUUUGUUCAAGCCUGCAGGAGUGUGGAAGGUGUGGGUGAAUGAUAUCAUCUGCUGCUGCAUGAAAUCCUGCACUCUUCCAGCUUCUGAAGGCAGCGAUCUAAGUCCCUCCACUGCACCAGUCCCAUGAACACAGUGUAUAGAAUCACCACAGAAUGGUUUGCGUUGGAGGAGACCUUCAAAGAUCAUCUAAUCCACCCCCUCUGUUGUGAGCAGAGAUA